GAUACAAUGCUGGAGCUGGCGCCGACGUGCCUAUGAGGACCAGUCUUCCUCACUGCUGCUGCUGCGUUGCUGAUCCGGGGUGCUGAUCAGGGGCGAGCUCGUGAAGUGCACCUGUGUUGGAGGAGUUUCUUCUGAGAAUUCCAAUGGCGGGGCUCGUGGUCACCAUGGCCAUCCGGCCACUGGUGUCCAUGCUGAUGAACAAGGCGUCCAGCUCCCUCCUGGACCAGUACAAGGUGAUGGAGGGAAUGGAGGAGCAGCACAAGGUUCUCAAGCGCAAGCUUCCGGCCAUCCUCGACGUCAUGACCGACGCUGAGGAGCAGGCCACGGCUCAUAGAGAUGGUGCCAAAGCCUGGCUUCAGGAGCUCAAGACGGUGGCCUAUGAAGCAAAUGAAGUCUUUGACGAGUUCAAGUACGAAGCGCUCCGCCGUGAAGCCAAGAAGAAUGGGCAUUACAGAAAGCUUGGCUUCGAUGUAAUUAAACUCUUCCCUACACACAACCGUGUUGCGUUCCGUUACAUCAUGAGUCGCAAGCUUUGCCUGAUUCUGCAAGCCGUUGAGGUCCUCAUAGCAGAGAUGCAGGUCUUUGGGUUCAAGUACCAACCACAGCCAUCGGUGUCCAAAGAGUGGAGGCAGACAGAUUAUGUUAUCAAUGACCCAAAAGAAAUUGCCAGCAAAUCCAGAGACAAAGAUAAGGUGGAAGUUGUUGGUACACUACUUCGUCAAGCUAAUAAUGCAGAUCUCGCAGUUGUUGCCAUUGUUGGAAUGGGGGGCCUUGGUAAGACCACAUUAGCACAACUCAUAUAUAAUGAACCUGGAAUUCAGAACCAUUUCCAGUUGUUGCUGUGGGUCUGUGUAUCUGAUACCUUUGAUGUGAACUCCCUAGCCAAGAGUAUAGUCGAAGCAUCUCCCAAGAAAAAUGAUGAUACAAACAAACCACCACUGGAGAGACUUCAGAAAUUGGUCAGUGGGCAGAGGUAUCUCCUUGUAUUGGAUGAUGUUUGGAACAGAGAGAUCCAUAAGUGGGAAAGGCUGAAGGACCAUCUUAAGCAUGGUGGCAUGGGUAGUGUGGUGCUGACAACAACUCGUGAUGAAGGAAUUGCUAAAAUUAUGGGUGCAGAUACCCACAUUCUCCGUCAUUUGGAUGAUAGAUUCUUGAAGGAAAUUAUUGAGGCUGGAGCAUUCAGUUCCGUGGAAAAAAAGCCUGCUGAACUAGUGGAGAUAGUUGAUGAGAUUGUGAAGAGAUGUUCUGGCUCUCCUUUAGCUGCAUGUGCACUGGGCUCUGUACUUCGUACCAAGACCACCGUGAAAGAAUGGAAGGCUAUAGCAUCUAGAAGCAGCAUUUGCACUGAGGAAACUGGAAUCUUGCCAAUACUCAAGCUUAGCUACAACGACUUGCCAUCGCACAUGAAGCAGUGCUUUGCUUUUUGUGCUGUAUUUCCAAAGGACUACAAGAUUGAUGUAGCGAAGCUGAUCCAACUAUGGAUCGCAAACGGCUUUAUCCCUGAACACAAGGAAGAUAGUCUUGAAACCAUUGGACAACUUAUUUUUGAUGAGCUUGCUUCAAGGUCAUUCUUUCUGGAUAUAGAGAAGAGUAAAGAAGGCUGGGAGGAUUAUUCCAGCCAUACAUGUAAAAUCCAUGAUCUUAUGCAUGAUAUUGCAAUGUCUGUUAUGGAAAAGGAAUGUGUUGCUGUGACUAUGGAGCUAAGUGAAAUUGAGUUGCUUGGAGAUACUGCUCGGCAUUUGUUUUUGUCAUGUGAAGGGACAGAAGGUAUUUUGAAUGAUUCUUUGGAGAAAAGAUCCCCUGCCAUUCAAACACUGAUAUGCGAUAGUCAUGUGCGAAGCUCAUUGAAGCACCUAUCAAAAUAUAGCUCUUUGCAUGCCUUGAAGCUCUGUCUGGGAACAGAAUCAUUUCCGCUCAAACCAAAGUAUCUGCAUCACCUGAGGUACCUUGAUCUCUCAUACAGUGAUAUCAAAGCACUUCCUGAAGAUAUAAGUAUUCUAUAUAACCUGCAAGUGUUGGACCUUUCCGACUGCCAUGAUCUUGAACGACUUCCAAGGCAAAUGAAGUAUAUGACUUCCCUCUGCCACCUCUACACUCAUGGAUGUUGGAAGUUGAAGAGCAUGCCUCCAGGACUUGAAAAUCUCACUAAGCUGCAGAGUCUCACAGUUUUUGUAGCAGGAGUUCCUGGCCCUGAUUGCGCUGACGUUGGAGAGCUGCAUGGUCUAAACAUUGCUGGUCAGCUAGAGCUAUGCCAGGUAGAGAAUGUUGAAAAAGCAGAAGCAAAAGUGGCAAACCUUGGAAACAAGAAGGAUCUCAGUCAACUGACAUUAAGAUGGACUGAGGUUGGCAAUAGCAAGGUGCUCGACAAGUUCGAACCUCAUGGUGGGCUGCAGGUUCUGAAGAUAUAUUCCUAUGGAGGAGAGUGCAUGGGUAUGCUGCAAAACAUGGUUGAGAUCCAUCUUUUUGAUUGUGAAAGAUUGCAAAUUUUGUUUAGUUGCAGUGCAAUCUUCACUUUUCCAAAACUGAAGGUGCUUAUACUAGAACAUUUGUUGGGUUUUGAGAGAUGGUGGCAAAUAGAUGAGAGGCAAGAAGAACAAACAAUAUUUCCUGUGCUUGAGAAGUUGUUUAUUAGUAAUUGUGGAAAGUUGGUAGCAUUACCUGAAGCACCAUUGCUGCAAGGACCUUGUGGUGAAGGUGGUUAUACAUUGGUACGCUCAGCGUUUCCUGCCCUAAAGGUACUCAAAAUGAAAGAGUUGGAGAGCUUUCGGAGAUGGGAUGCAGUCGAAGAAACUCAAGGAGAACAGAUAUUGUUUCCUCGGCUUGAGAAACUAUCGGUUAAGGAUUGCCCACAGCUGAUAGAUUUACCUGAAGCACCAUUGCUUCAAGAACCAUGUAGUGAAGGUGGUUAUAGCUUGGUACGUUCAGCCUUUCCUGCCUUAAAGGUGCUCAAAAUGAAAUGCUUGGGGAGCUUUCAGAGAUGGGAUGCAGUUGAAGGGACAUUGUUUCCUGAGCUUGAGAAACUGUCAGUCCAGAAAUGCCCAAAACUGGUAGCAUUGCCCAAAGCACCAAAACUCAGUGUACUCGAAAUUGAAGAUGGGAAGCAAGAGAUCUUCCACUGUGUAGACAGGUAUUUGUCUUCAUUGACCAAUCUGACACUGAAGCUAGAAAACAUAGAAACAACAUCAGAGGCUGAGUGCACUUCAAUUGUACCAGUGGACAGCAAGGAGAAAUGGAACCAGAAAUCCCCUCUUACAGUUAUGAAGCUAAGAUGCUGCAACUCAUUCUUUGGAGCGGGUGCACUAGAGCCAUGGGACUAUUUUGUACAUCUUGGAGAGCUGGUAAUUAACAGAUGCGAUGUGCUCAUCCACUGGCCAGAGAAAGUGCUCCAAAGCUUGGUAUCCUUGAAGAGGUUACAGAUUAGUUACUGCAAAAAGCUGACUGGAUAUGCAGAAGCUCCUCUUGAGCCGUCAGCAUCCAGAAGGAGUCGACACCUGCCAGGUCUGGAGUCCUUUAAUUUAUAUGGUUGUGCAAAGUUGGUAGAGAUGUUCAACGUCCCGACAUCUCUCAAGAAAAUGAUUAUUGAUGGGUGUCCUAAACUUGAGUCCAUAUUCAGCAAGCAACAGGGCAUGUCAGAUUUAGUCCAAGUAUCUUCUAGCAGUGAGGCAGACGUGCCUACAGCUGUAUCAGAGUUGCCAUCCUCACCCAUGAAUCACUUUUGUCCAUGCCUAGAAGAUCUAGGUUUAGUUGGAUGUGGAAGCUUACCAGCGGUUCUAAGUCUGCCUCCAUCCUUAAAGACCAUAUAUAUUACUGGCUGCAGUAGCAUUCAAGUCCUAUCAUGUCAGCCGGGUGGGCUCCAGAAACCAGAAGCCACUACCUCCAGAAGCAGAAGUCCUAUCAUGCCAGAGCCACCAGCAGCAACAGCACCAACUGCAAGAGAGCAUUUACUUCCUCCCCAUCUCGAAUCUCUAGCAAUAGUGGACUGUGCUGGCAUGUUGGGUGGGACUCUCCGUCUGCCUGCGCGCCUCAAGCUACUGUGCAUUAUUGGCAACGGUGGGCUGACAUCGCUGGAGUUUCUGUCGGGAGAGCACCCCCCAUCGCUGGAAGACCUUGAUCUUGAAAACUGCAGUACCCUGGCAUCCCUGCCGAAUGAGCCGCAAGUAUACAGUUCUCUCUGGUAUCUUGAGAUUAGAGGCUGCCCUGCUAUAAAGAAGCUCCCUAGAUGCCUCCAGCAGCAACUAGGCAGCAUUGACAGAAAAUAUCUAGAUGCCUGCUAUAAAGUAACAGCAUUUAAACCGAAGACAUGGAGUGAAAUACCAAGGCUGGUUCGAGAGCGGAGGCAGGCCACUCGAGAAGCCAAGAAACUCCGGCAGUCCAUGCAGGAGUAAACAAGGCAGAAAGGGCAUGGAUUUUGAUUGCUCUGAACAAUGUACAAGAUUAUGUCGUGACUGUGAUCAAAGCCUCUACCUAGUUGAGAUAUUUGUUAUGUGAAUCAAAUGAAUUUCCCCGGUUCAGUAGAAAUUAGGACAAUAUACUCACAUGUGUGUCUGUGAGCUAUCUAUGUAUCUAUCUGUUUUUGCUUUGCUUAGUUAACUGACAAGACACUGGCCUUUAAUGUGUUCAAUAAACUUUUUCAACUGUGGCUUUA